GCUGGGAGAGCAUCAUUAUCUUUACCGCCGUUUUACCGCUCACUCAUCUGCUGACAGCUGCCAUCUCCGGUAAUACCAUACAGAGACGUUCUUUUUCGUUAAUGUUCACCUGUUAAUUUUCUGGAAUUUUGUAGAUUCAUAAUAUGUUUAUAUUGCCUUUCCUCAGGUGACUGCACAGUGUUUACCGAAUUGUCUUCCCAGAGGUGCAGAUAAAUUGUGUGAAAUUGAUACAGUGGUUGAUGUAUCUACAUUGAAACCAAAAAGCCCCUCGAGGUGCCCCGAGAAGAAACCGGACUGCUCUCCCCUCCACACACACACGCUUUCCGUGCAGCACUGCGCAGAAACGGGGCGCAGCGAACCAAGAGGAGAGCGACAGUAGCGAAGCCCAACGUAACAGAGGAGUUUGGACAAACGGCUGGCAUUAGAUGAAUCCCGUUCUUUAGGACAGCUCAAUCACACUACACCCCUCUUUCGGAUUUGAACUUGGCCGUGUGACGGUAAUAGUGUAGGAUGGAUUUCCCCGUGUUUAUGGCUCUGUUGAUUUGCGCGCAGACGGUCCCGGGAUUCGGGGAUAUGGGGAGCGGAAAAGCUCAGAGUUGUUCGGAUAUCCGACAGUUCUACAAUGGCAAGGGAUUCAGUCUGAACGGAGUGCCUCAAUCAGAAAUAUCAGGAGAGCACCUGAGGAUCUGUCCCCAGGGCUACACGUGUUGCACCAGUGUCAUGGAGGACAGCCUAUCCAAUCUGAGUCGCACAGAGAUGGAGGGCCUGAUCAGAGACGCUGGACGGGCCCUGCAAGCCUCCCUCAAUGGACAGUACAAGGUCUUCGAUGGUUACCUCCUGGAGCUCCUGAACCGUUCCGAGGAUGUCCUGCAGCAGUCGUAUCCCCCGGCGCUGGGUUCCCUGUACACCCAGAACACCCGCGUGUUCUCUGACCUGUACACAGAGCUGAGACGGUACUACCGUGGUUCCAACGUUAACAUAGAGGAUGCGCUCAACGAGUUCUGGGCCCGCCUGCUGGAGAGGAUGUUCAAGGGAGCCAAUGGACGGUAUCUCAUAGGCGAUGACUACCUGGAGUGUGUGUCCAAGCAGUCGGAGACGCUGCGACCCUUUGGUGACACCCCCCGAGACCUCAAGUUGAAAGUGACACGUACAUUUGUGGCGGCACGCUCCUUUGUCCAGGGACUGGUGAUCAGCGGGGAGGUGGUUCGCAAGGUGUCACAGGUACCCCUGAGCCCAGAGUGCAUGCGUGCCAUCAUGAAGAUGACCUACUGUCCCCACUGCCGUGGAGUGGCCACUGCCAGGCCCUGUGCCAACUACUGUGCCAACGUACUGAAGGGCUGCCUCGCUAACCAGGCCGACCUGGACACAGAGUGGAGGAACUUGGCUGAUGCCAUGCUGCAGGUCUCUAACAGGUUUGAGGGUGUGUCCAGCGUGGAUGUGGUGUUCCUCUCUCUCCCCACACACAUCUCAGAGGCUAUCACCACCAUGAUGGACAACAUAGACACGUUUAACAACAAGGUGUUCCAGGCAUGUGGGAAUCCGAGGGAGGGAGGAACCAGCAGCACCGGGUUGGAGGAGGUGAAGAGGAGGGGGAAGGUUACAGUGGAGGAGAGCCCAACCUCUGGGGCUAGGCUGGAGAAACUGGUGUCUGAUGUGUCAAGGAGGCUGAGGGACAUGCAGCCCUACUGGGUCUCGUUACCCAGCACCCUCUGCAGUGACAGGGUGGCCACUAGGGCCCAAGCAGACAAGUGCUGGAACGGCAUGGCCCGUGCCAGGUACCUUCCAGAGGUGAUGGGUGAYGGCCUGGCUAGUCAGAUCAACAACCCUGAGGUAGAGAUCGACAUCACCAAGCCAGACAUGACUAUACGCCAACAGAUCAUGCAGCUCAAGAUCAUGACCAACCGCCUCAAGAACGCUUUCAAUGGCAACGAUGUGGACUUUCAGGACACCAGUGAUGAUGUCAGUGGUUCAGGAAGUGGGAUGUGCACAGAUGAAAACUGUCCCCGGGGCCCGCGCCUCAUGGCCCCCAGCACAGACAGACCCAAAGUGUACGCCUACCCUCCGGAGAACAAGAAGGUUGUGAAAGCAUCAGCUGACCACAACCCCCCAUCCAUCGCCCUCUACCUGCUCUCAUUGGUYAUGUUGCUGCUCCGGCGAUAAUUGACAGGGUAUUCCACCAAUAUAGACUGAGUUUGGGACAUGGGGGGCAGGACAAGGGGUGGGAAGAGAAGAUGUCGUGGGGUUACUUACUUACUUUGCCAAAACAAAAAACAAACAAAAACGAAUGGACUUCCUUUUGGUCUCGGAUAAGAACAAAAGUAGUAAUGAGUAUUAUAUUAUUCMGAGAUUUUUUGGUUCUGUUCUUGUCUUUUAUUUUACGGUAUACGGCACCAUUAGAGCUGGUCUUUUCACAUUUUUAUUUUGUUUUGUUUUCUGGUGUUUGGGUUCUCUGAGAUAUCUGUACCUAAGACAUGUUAAGAGUCAAUCUAUAGACUAUAGAGAUAUACAGGAUGUUAGUGUUGGUUGACGCUGUGCUGUGUAAGGGGGACUUUUCAGUCAUGCUGAGCCAAACGUUUGUGUUCCUAAUCAUGUCAACAGCCUUUAUGUCUGAGGAGAUGAUUUAUUUAUUAAAAACAGAGGAAUAUAAUCCCCCCGGAGCGUCUUUGGGCUCCCCAAUAUUUAUAGAAAAACUACUUCUACCCCAAACUCAAACUAAAUAAACUAUUGAUGAGUUUUAUGAAAGAUAAUCUGGUUUCGGUAAGGCCCUAAAAAYCUUAAACCCUUAAACCCACACAUUACAUGGAAACAGUGAGAAAAUUAAAACGCUUCACAUAAGCAGUUUUUCCCUCUGCUUGAUAAUAUAAGGCAGUAAUAAUAGUCGUGAUUAUAUUCACACAGACAUGAUCCUUCCAUCCCUCCACCCUUACUUCUGUCUUUCCCAGAGCAGAUCUGUUUCUCUAGGCUUUGGUGGCUCUAUAGGCCCCGAUGGGGAAUUUUUUGGGAAACAUAAACACAUUACAGUGUUAGUGUGACCACAGUAGUCCUCUGUAUUGACACUAUAUUGGCAGAAUAUGGUAGUAUAUGGGCUGUGUGGGUGUGUACUGCCAUUUGUUCUGUCUCAGUGGAGGCCGGUGGGAGGAGCUUUAGGAGRACGGGCUCAUUGUAAUGGCUGGACUGGAAUCAAUGGAAUGGAGUCAAACAAGUGGUUUCCAUAUUCCAGCCACUGCAAUGAGCCCGUCCUCCUAUAGCUCCUUCCACCAGCCUCCUCUGUUCUGUCUUCAGAUAAUGGACCUUGGUCGACAUAAUAAUGUGUUACUUUCUUGUUAAUGACUAAGAUUUUAUGGUACCUAUGAUGAAUACUUUUGGACAGAGCCAGCCAGCUACAGUGGAGUGUUUUUUACAUACAGCACUAUAACCACUUGUUGUAAAGCAGACUGUGUACAUGUGUCUGACCGACCGUUUCUCUGUUUGGACGGGUUGACUUAGGGAUUGGAAUUCUGUGAUGAUCACUCAAAUAGCUUUUUCUCUCCCUCCUCUCAUCUCAUUCUCUUUCUUCUCACCUCCCACCUUCUUUCUCUCCCUUCUUCUCACACAGGGCCUCUCUUCCCACUCCCUCUCUCAGUUCUCUCUGCCUCCCAGGCUAUUUUUCAUGGUAUACUAUUCCUCUGUUAUGAAGACCUGCAAAUUAUUCUCCAAUGCUUUUUUUGGGGCAUUAUGGCAAUGACAGAGCUUCAUCAUACUGCAACAUGAUUGGGAUAUUGUGGGAAUGUUGUGGAAGGCCUUUGCUGAUGAAAAUCUUGCAGCCAGGGAGGAAGGAUGUACUUCAACUUAGUUCAAAUAAUUGUCAAGGCUCUCAGUCUUAGACCACUGUGUGGGAGGGAUGGAGGUAAGGGUGUGUGUGUGUGUGUGUGUGUGUGUGUGUGUGUGUGUGUGUGUGUGUGUGGUGUG